CUCUAACUUAUAAGUUAGCGUCUUAUUCCUAUUACGUCUCAAUAUUUUGUGAGUGGCAUUAAUAUUUUUACUUAUUUGCUCUAGUAUUUUAAUUCAGAGUAAUGGUUUUUCCUUUCUUUUUUUAAAGUUCAAUUGCUGCGGGGCUCCAAGUUGGCUCCGCUAUUUCGACGUUGGGUUGCCGAGCUGCGGCGCUGGUACGACAUACCUAUUAAAUUGAAUGUACAUAAUUUCAAAGAGAAAGACUUUCGAACCUUUUACAAGAGAGAUACCACCCUGGUUCUAUUUAUUUAUAUCUCAGACCUAAAUAACUUUUUUUAAAAAAAGAAAAAGAUCUAGAUAAAAAAAAUGGCGACUCCUAGUACAAACAAUAAGGGCAACAAGGGCCAACAACUCCCCCUCAUCACCGUCCUCGGUUCUCUCAACAUGGACCUGGUCUCCUACGUCCCGCACCACCCCUUUCCCGGCGAGACCCUAACGUCAGACCGCUUCGCCAUAUCUCCGGGCGGCAAGGGCGCCAACCAAGCCAUCGCCUGCGCCAAGCUAUCCCGGUCCCGGUCCUCGAACCACUCCAGCACCGACGACCCGACAGCCACCGCCCGCGUCCGCAUCCUCGGCGCCGUGGGCGGCGACAGCUACGGCGCACAGCUCAAGUCGAACCUAUCGCGGCACGGCGUCGACGUCUCCGGCGUCAGCGCCUCCCCCUCCCUCAAGACCGGCAUAGCCAUCAUCAUCGUCGACGAGCCCUCGGGCCAGAACCGCAUCGUGCUCAGCCCCGAGGCCAACCACAGCCUGCUGGCCUCCCAGUUCGCGCGCCCGAGCGCCCUCGGCGACCCCCUCCCCGACCUGCUCGUCAUGCAGCUCGAGAUACCCAUGGCCACCGUCACCGCCGCGCUGCACGCCGCGCGGGAAGCCCAGGUCCCCGUCCUGCUGAACCCGGCCCCCGCCCAGGAGCUGCCGCCGGAGGCCUACGGCGGGCUCGCGCACCUGGUCGUCAACGAGACGGAGGCCUCGAUCCUGGGCGGCGUGGCCGAGUACGAGCUGAACGCCGAGUCCGGGCUCGAGGGCGUGGGGAGGACCUUCCUGUCGCGCGGCGUGCAGAACGUCGUCGUGACGCUCGGCGGCCGGGGAGUGUAUUACAUGAGCGCCGACGGGCGGAAAGGCCUCAUCCCAGCCGAGAAGGCCAAGGUCGUGGACACCACCGCGGCCGGGGAUACGUUUGUGGGCAGGUACGCGCUUGAGGUAGUGUCGGGCAGAUUUGACAUAGUCGACGCGGUGAAGAAGUCGAAUCGGGCGGCGGCGAAGACGGUGGAGAGGUUAGGGGCGCAGGACUCGAUACCCUGGCGCGACGAGUUAUGAUAGGGUGGUAUGGUUACGUUAGGAUAGGUGGAAAGGGAGAAACAAGUCACAUAGAAUCCUGUAUAGAGCAAGUCCCAUCAAAUUAGACCACCCAAAAUGAUUUCUUCAACCGGU